GAAAAUUACAGUAGAAAACAGAAAACAAAGUUCUUUUAAAGUUAUGAUAGCUAAUGUCAGUAUCGAUAAGAUCGUUUAAUGUCUUAGAAAAUUAGAACUUAUGUUUGUAAACCAAAACAUUCAAUAACAACAAUGUCAUUAUCUAUUGAUAUAUUGGAUUAUGUAAUCCUUAUUGGACUAUUGUUAACAUUUAUUGGAAUAGGGAUAUAUUUUGGAGUGAUAUCAAAACAAUUAAAAACUUUUGAAUAUUAUUUCUUGGGAAAUCGUAAUUUCAAUUCAUUUAUAAUUGCUGCAUCGUUAAUUGCCAGUCAAAUAUCUGUGGUAACAAUUCUUACAUUACCGGUUGAAGUUUAUAACUUUGGCUUACACACAAUAUGGUCAAGUUUAGCAUUAGUUUUUAUAUUACCAAUUAUUUCAUUUAUAAUUUUACCAAUUUUUUAUGAAAAUAAUAUUUGGAAUUGUUUUGAGUAUUUGGAAAAAAGAUUUAAUAGAGACACCAGAAAUUUGGUUACAGGACUUUUCAUAAUUAAAAUGUUUUUAAUGAUGCCAAUUUUAACGUUUAUACCAUCUUUAAUAUUCUCACAAGUAACCAACAUUAACAUUCAUCUAAUUAAUGGGAUUGUUUGCUGUGUAUGCGUAUUUUACACCAUGCUGGGUGGAGCUAAUGCUGUUAUUUGGGCUCAAAUGAUUCAAGGGUUCAUUAUGUUUAUUACAGUUCUUCUUAUUAUUAUAUUGAUUUUAGUAAGAAAUAACAUCGAAGAUAUUUUCUUGAAAGCAAAUAAUGGUGGAAGAUUAUACAUAACUGAUUUCACGUUCGAUCUUACUACCCGAUCAACUUUCUGGAGUACAUUAUUAGGCGGUAGUUUUAAUUGGAUAAGCUUUCUUGGUGUUCAACCAAUUUUUAUACAAAGAAUGUUAUCACUCAAAUCUAUUAAAGAUGGUAGAAAUUCUUUAAUAACAUUCACAAUAGGUUGUACAAUUCUAACUGCAGGAUUAUAUUUCAUUGGUCUUGCUUUGUAUUCAAGAUAUUAUCAAUGUGAUCCUUUAAAAGCUGGUGUAACUAAAGAUUUAGUGACUUUCUUCGUGCAAGAUUUGACGCAACAUAAUAAAAUAAUUUCAAGCUUUUAUAUAGCUUGUUUAUUCUGCAUGGGUAUGAGUACAAUGUCUUCAAAUUUAAAUACUCUUGCUGGUGUAUUAUGUUGUCAAUUUUACAAUAUGAAUGAUAAAAUCGCAAAUGAAACUAAUUCAAAUUACUGUAUAAGCCGCAAAUUUUCUAACAACAAUGAUGUGAAACGAACUGAUUUGAUUAUAAAAACAAUAAUAAUUGUUACCGGUAUAUAUACAACAGUUGGGGCAUUACUCAUUGAAAAAUUCAAUUGGAUAAUAAAAAUUGUAAUUACCGCAUCCGGAGUUACACAAUGCUUUUUAGCGGGUUUAUUUCUUUUCGGUAUGGUAUAUCCAAAAGCUAUAGGUGAUGCUGCUUUUAGAGCAACCUACUUUACUAUAUGCAUUUCAGUUUUAAUUCAAUUUGGCACAUUAUUGCAAAAAUCAACAGGACUUAUUCAAGAUCAUACAUUGUCCAGUAGUUUAGAAAAUUGUAAUGAAUUAAACAAAACAGCUAUACUACAAAAUUCUACUAAUGUUUAUGGAGAUGAAUUUAAUACAGAACAAGGUGGUCCACUUUUCAAAAUAUCAUUUUAUUGGUAUUCUUUCAUAGCAUCAGUUUUAGUUUGGAUAUUUGGCGUUCCGCUAAGUAAAUUAAUGAGUUAUAAGAGAAUUCAUAAAAAGCUAAAUCCAAUGCUGAUAUCGUCUUUUGUUGCUAAAUGGAUUCCACAAGAUAAAUUGAUUGAUAAUAAAUCAAAUUAUGAUUUCGAGCUAGAAAUAUUUGAUGUACAAAAAAAUUGAAAUCUUAAAUAAUAAUUUGUA